GGUUAGAGGUGGUUAUAAUCUAACCUGACAUAAACAUAAAAAACAACACGUGGAUUUUAAUGAUAGACAGACGUAAAGACACGUGCCUUAAGUUCGACUAUUUUCAUUUAUUGUGAAAGUUUAAUAUGAUUAGGUAGGCGAUCCGCGUGUGUAGUUAUAUAGUUAAAAUAAAAUUUGAAAGCAAUGGCUACGACCGAGACCGCGGAAACCGAGAAAAAUCCUUACGCGUACCUCGACAGAGAUGAUUUCACGUCGGAGAAAUAUAAAAUUGAGAUACGCGGUUUGCCAAAAUACUAUGGAAUAGGCGAGUUUAAGAAGUUUCUGAACGAGAAGCUUGAAUUGGAGUCGCGAAAGGUGAAGCCACCGAAACGUGGCAGUGGGUGGCUUUACGUAUCAUUCAAAAGCGAAGAAGGCCGUCAAAAAGCCAUAGAAAAAUUAAAUGGGACUGUAUGGAAAAACUGUAAGCUCCGUGCUCAGAUCGCAAAACCUGUACCAGAUCCAUUUAUAAAACGAAGGUUGGAACAGCAAAGUGCAAAUAAGCGUUUAAAAACAGACGAAUUUGAUCAGAGUAUAUCAGAAGCAGAUAGAGUCAAGGCAACUACAAUACCAUUGUGGAAUACACCUUACGAGAGCCAAUUAGAGCUGAAACAAAAAGAUAUGAGAUCUAUUCUAGUAACUAUCUGCAGACAAAUGCUAAAAGAGAGCAAAGGUGAUCUCCAAGAUUGGUUAAAGUAUCAGAAGGAUAAAUACGAAGGAUUGCCGUGCGAAUUGCUCCCUAUUCUUAGUAUAGACACGAUCACAGAAUACAGAAACAAGUGUGAAUUUACAGUUGGUAUGAGUAGCAAGGAAGACAAAGUUGUAGUAGGAUUUAGAUUAUCUAGUUACGCGGCGGGUUCCACGGCGGUAGGGCCGAUAGACGACUUGUGCCACAUCCCUACUAAAAUGAAAAUUGUCGCUAAAGUACUCGAAGAAUUCAUACAAAACUCUGAAUUGAAACCUUUUCAACCGGUCGAUCAUAGCGGGUACUGGAGACAGGUCACCGUUAGAACUACUCGUUCCGACAAUUUAAUGGUAAUAGUGGGAAUGCAUCCUCAGGACUUGAGCGCGGAAAGACUGAAGGAAUUAAGAUCGCAGCUGAAAGAUUUUUUCGAGACGGGUAAAGGCGCCGAGGCGCACGUAACAUCUUUGUAUUUUCAAACGAUGAGUAAAAAAAGCAUAGACGGGGAGAGCGGAGACAAUCUUUAUCAUAUCAGUGGAACAAAAUACAUAGAGGAGACGCUACUGGGCAUGAAAUUUCAAGUUUCUCCGCAAGCGUUCUUUCAAGUGAACACGCUGGGCGCCGAGGUAUUGUACAAAGCAGCCAUUGACUUGGCAAAACCUACCGAGGAUACCGCGUUGCUUGAUAUUUGCUGUGGUACAGGGACGAUUGGACUUGUAUUUUCAAAGCAUUGCGGCGAAGUGUUCGGACUGGAGAUAGUCGAGGAUGCUAUUAAAGAUGCCCGGGAAAAUGUUAUCGCGAAUAACGUGACGAACUGUGAGUUUUUCGUUGGAAAAGCGGAGGACAUCUUGUCGCCGGUCAUUCGGCGGACCACGAAGCCCGACAUUAUCGCUGUCGUUGAUCCUCCGCGGGCCGGACUUCACCAGCGAGCGUUGCUAACUUUACGCAAAGCUAACAAGUUAUCGAGGCUGGUGUACGUAUCCUGCGAUCCUGGAGCUGCUGCAAGAAAUUUGGUGGAUCUGGCCAGACCCACGUCGAAGCAAUACGUCGGUGAACCUUUGGUGCCUGUGAAAGCCAUCGGCGUGGACAUGUUUCCGCACACCAAACACUGCGAAUUGGUGUUGUGCCUGGAAAGGCUAUCCGUAGCAAUGAAAUCACGCGACUCCACCUAGCGAUCCAAUCCUUAGAUCAGACUUCGUCAAUGGCGAUUUAUAAUAUUUGUUUCGUUGUGUUGCAACGUUCUGUCGAUGUUACGUGCGUCCUGAAUAAAAG